ACAAGGUAUCAGAUAUUUAAAGAUAACGUGGAGCACAUUGAGAGGCACAAUCAAGAAGGUACCAUCAUCGAAUCAAUCAUCUUUUGAAUAUAGAGAUAUGAAACAUGUACCACCUAGUAUUGACUGGAGAAAUCACAAUGCCGUCACACCAGUUGAGACUCAAGGAGGAUGUGGAAGUUGUUGGGCAUUCGCAGUUGUUGCUGCCAUUGAAGGCAUAGAAGCCAUCCGAACAGGCAGGCUAACUCAAUUAUCAGAGCAACAAAUCAUUGACUGCAAUGAAGAUCACGAAGGUUGCAAUCGGGGAAGAAUGGAUCAUGGUUAUGAAUUUGUUAGGAAAAAUGGGGGUCUUGCAUCUGAUAACGAUUAUCCUUACAUUGCAACUCAAGGAGCAUGUGCGAAUAACAAACCAUCAUCUCUUACCUCAAAGAUCAUUGGUUUUAGUUGUAUCCCUAAUAAUAAUGAGGCAGCAUUGUUAGCGGCAGUAGCUAACCAACCGGUCACGGUUAAUAUUAAUCCACAACUAUUACAAUUUUAUCGGUCUGGGGUUUUGACAGGAGAAUGUGGAAGCCAGUUAACUGAUCUAAUCCAUAUAGUUACAAUAAUUGGUUAUGGAGUAAGUGAAAAUGGAGUUGAUUAUUGGUUGAUCAAGAAUUCAUGGGGACCGGUAUGGGGAGAGAAUGGUUAUGCAAGAGUGCAUAGAAAUAUAGGUGCUAUGGAGGGACAGUGUGGUAUUGCAACGUUUGGUUGUUAUCCCAAUGUCUGAUUCUAUUACACUUAAUUUGUGUAAAGGGAGACAAUGACUUAGAAUAAUGUUCCACAAUU